UUUUUUGUUCCUUUUUCCUAUGACAGAUUGGCCUCAAUCUGAUUUAUUGGCAAAUGUAUUUAAUAACGAGUUGCUGGAAGAAAGGAUGCUCCCGAGGCUUGUACUUGUUUCGGUGGUUGAUAAUAAGCUCUUCGAGGACUCAUUAACAAAUUCUCGUCGUGGUUUCGUUUACUAAAGAUAUUCACCAGCGGUACAUGCACUCAGGGGUAUCUGAAACUUUCGCCUUUGUCCGACAAGAAUUUUGGAUAAUGGGCAGCCGAAACAUCAUUCGAAAAACUAUCCAUCAAUGCCAUCAAUGUUUUAUGCAGAGAAGAAUUACUAGCCAACAGAUAAUGGGAGAUUUGCCAUCUUAUCGCAUACAACCGAACCGGCCAUUCACUAAUACAGGCUUAGAUUAUGCUGGCCCACUGACGAUAAGGUUAUCCCGCUGUCGCAAUGCUAAAACAUCCAAAGCAUACAUAGCAUUUUUUGUGUGCAUGACUACGAAGGCUAUACAUUUGGAGUUGGUGAAUGAUCUCACCACAGAUGCCUUCAUUGCAGCUUUUCGCAGAUUUGUCUCUCGCCGGGGCAAAUGCUCUAUUGUAUACAGCGACAAUGGGACAAAUUUCCAAGGCGCUAGGCGGUGCCUUACUGAGAUGCACAAACUGGUUAUGGAGCAAUCUCACAAUGAUGUUAUCACUGACGCUCUCGCCAAGGAUGGUAUAGCUUGGCACUUCAUCCCUCCGUCAAGUCCACACUUUGGCGGAUUGUGGGAGGCGGGCGUUAAGUCAGUUAAACUGCACUUACGUCGUGUUAUCGGAAAAUCAAUUUUAACUUUUGAAGAAUUAUGUACCCUUUUGUGUCAAGUAGAAGCUAUUCUUAAUUCUCGUCCUUUGUGUUCUAUGUCCGACUGUAAUUUAAACCCUCUAACCCCAGCUCACUUUCUUGUAGGUCAACCAAUGAAAGCUGUUAUAGAGCCGAGCCAUUUGGAUACCCCCAUCAACAGACUAUCCCAUUGGAAUCAUAUCCAAAACAUGGUCCAGGGAUUCUGGAAGAGAUGGCACACAGAAUACCUGACAACGCUCCAAGAGCGACCAAAGUGGCAACGAAGUACACCAAACUUCAAAUCUGGGGACUUAGUGGUAAUCAAAGAACCAAAUUUACCACCCACUAAAUGGAUUUUGGGCAGAGUCGUUUCUGUUCAUCCGGGGACAGACCAACAAGUACGAGUCGUUACCGUAAAAACAGCAGCCGGAACAUUUAUCCGCCUUAUAGCGAAACUUGCGCUCUUACCGACAUCCUGAAACUGGUUCCAGGGGGGCCGGGAUGUUUAAGCCUUAAAAUUGUUUAAUAUUUGUUGUAAUAAUGUUGCCUUUGUUCAUAAUUUAAAUUAUCCUUAUUUUGUUUUUUGUUGCUUUUGUUACAUUAUACUCUUUUGUUUUAUUCUUGUUUACAAUACUGUAAUAUAUUUUCUGCAUGAUUUAUAAUAUUUAUUUGUAAUGGUAAAAGGUGUGGUGAGUUCCUUUAAAUUACUUUCUCGCUGCAAAUUUCUGCAUAAUCUCUGCAACAACAGCGAUGAUAAGAGAUUAUGCAGUCAUGAACAAGAUUUUUCUUAUCACUCGUUCAUUUGAAUCGAGACCACACCAUGAACCACACCUUUGGCCAGCAGCUCAACCGUAUAUUGGAUAAGUACCAAUAAAAUUAUUUGUACAUUGAUUAAA